GAGGCACUCUGUGAUCUUUCAUAACAUGGCGGCCUUGCGAGUCUGGGUCCGCUAUUUUGCGCCCCCAAGGGGAUCUUCUUUAUUUGGCACCCUGUGCAGAGAAACUGCUGGCACCACUCUCAAUCCUGCACUGAGCAAGAAGACUGACUCUGGAAGGAAGGUGUAGGGUUCUUUUGGCAGGGUCCUAGAGCCCUUCUCUCCCUCCCAAAGCUCGGCAAGCACUUACUCGGCAUUACUUUGGAUCAUAAAACUGACAAGAUAUUUACUUACCUUUCACAUAUUACGGCAGCUGUUAUUUCAAAGCGCAGGAUGGGCAAAAAGUUUGCAUCUUGGAGGAUCAAAGGUUUGCGUAUCAGCUGCUCCCAAAAUACUUCAAACACUGCAACUUGUCCAGCUUCAUUCGUCAGCUCUACUUGUAUGGCUUCAAGAAAGUAAUGUCAAUAAGGAAUGGAACAAUGGCCGCUGUCAACAACUCUCCCAUGGAGUUUCAGCACCCACAUUUCAUGCAAAGGAAACCUGAACUGCUGGCGAACAUCCAACGGAAGGUGCCUACACCCAAGGAGCCCACAGCCAGCUCAAGAGACCUGCAGGCAAUGCUCUCCGAAUUGCAGGCAAUGAGAGAACAGCAGAAUAACAUAAGCAUCAAGCUGGAUGCCAUGGCAAGGGGCAAUACAUCUCUUAAGAAGGGAAUAGCCUCUCUGCAACAGAACGACAAUCAGCAGAAGCAUGUCUUAUCUCAGAUCCUCCAAUUCAUUGUGAAUUGGAUGUCUGAGAAAGGCAGGGAGGAUGCCCAAAGGAAAAGACGUCAGAAUGAUGCUUCAGAAGCCCCUCCUCCAAAGGACAGCCGUCCACAGGCUCAUAGUGCUAUGGAGAAUCGUGAAACAGCAGCUGUUCCAGGACCCAGUGCAGACCGCAAAGAUUUGAUUGUGACCCGUAACAACAUGGGGGGUGAAGCAGGGGGUGCUGUUGGUGCAAAUAGUGGGCAGGCUGUAGUGCAUGAGCGCCGUGGGACUAGGGAGGCCCAAGUGCCUGCAACAGGAGACACUUCUGCCAACAAAGGACCUCAGACGGUGGACACUCCACGCCAGACCACGGCAGCACAGAUCGGUGCUAUGAAGCUGCUUUCUGCCUUUGCCGCCUAUGUCAAUGGAAAAAAAGCACAGAGCAGCUCUUCUCCUGACAGAAAGAAGAUGCAAGACUUCUUGAAUUUCUUCAGUGCAAACACUGUGGAGUUGGGUGCGCUGCUGAGUGAGAAGUUUAACUGUAUCUCAGAAAUAGUUACUGAGACCUUCGUUCCUGAGCUUCAGGAUCUGGAUGUGGACUCUGCAGGAGCUCUAGACUGUAGCUUGGAAAACCUCCUUUUCCAAGAUGUUUUGGGUUUUGCUAAUUGGAGUGAUGCCGCGGCUGCGUCUACCAGCAACAUCAGCUCUAUGAAUGAGCAGGAGGCACCAAGGAGGAAUGACUUGUUUCAGAACCAAGUGAAUCCCUUGUUGGGAGAGCCUCCAACUUUCAAGAUGGAAGACGGCAGCAAUGUUCCCCUGGGGGCUUCUCUAGAGAACAGACCUCCUGUUCUUUUCAGCGGUGAAGCACUUGAGGAGUUCCUUGACCCAGGAUACCAAGCAGACGGCGUACCUACCCUGUUGCUCCUGGAUCAGCCGCUUUUCUUCGGAAAUGUGUAUGGGGACUACUAAAGAGGCCCCCCCUCUUGCUCCCCAGCCCAGUUGCAGAUUUCAUAGAGAAAGCUACCUACAUGUAGCUUUCAGCACUGAAGGCUGGUUGAGAUCCUUUCUGCGGUUUUCUAUAAGGGGAGGAUUUAUUCUUCUUUUUCUAAAUACCACAGCCAGGGCAGCUAGAAAACUGGAAUUGU